AUAUGGGACAAAAGGGAGCAAUGAAAUGUACUUCCGGAGAGAAAGGUGAAAGGAUAAAGUAAGAGAUCUCCAGAAAACGCUGUUUUGUUCAAGUAAAGUUACUUUAAUGUAGCUAUUUAUUUGGCGAAAGAAAAGCUGAUGCAAUGUCGGAUCCAGAUUUAAUAGGACCUGCGUUGCCGCCGAUGUUUCAGACGACUAAGGGGGAUGAAUCUGACGAGGAACCUCCCAUAGGUCCAGCGUUGCCCCCUGUGUACAGAGCAGAUUUCUCGUCCAGUUCCUCUGACGACGAAGAAGAGACCUAUAGAAGAGGGAAAAGCAGCUCGUCAAAAUGUAGUCCCAGAUCUAGAAAAAAAAUAAGAGUGGAUAUUGGUUCAGGUGAGACACUGGGAGCUGAUGAUGAUGAUGAUGAUGAUGAUGGAUUUUUUGGCCCAGCUCUUCCUCCUGGAUAUCAAAAGAAACAAAUGUCACCUGACAGACCACCUCUGCUGGGACCCGCGCUGCCUCCGGGCUUUUGCAGACCAAGGGAUGAAGACGAGGAAGCAAAUGAUGAAGAUGGAGGAGGAAUCUUGGGCCCUGCCCUCCCCCCAGGCUAUAAGCCUGAGUCCUCAGGCAGUGAGGAGGAUGAUGAAGAUGAUGAAGUUGUCGGGCCAAUGCCUUUUAAAGGGGAUAGGGCAUCUCUUAACUCCGUCGCCCUGGACAUCGAGAGACGCGCUCAGAAGAUGAAAGACAAACUAACUGGUGUAAACGAUGGUCCUGAGGAGGUGAAGAGGGAGACCUGGAUGACUGAGCUGCCCCCGGUGCUGCAGCACAUCGGGCUGGGUGCCCGCACGUUUAAGAAGAAGUCAGGCCCAGAGACCAAGGACCGCAGCCUUUGGACGGAUACCCCAGCAGAUAGGGAGCGCAAGGCCAGGGAGCGUCAGGAAGGGAAGAAAAGUGAGGAGUCGACAAAGGAGGCGCCAUGUCUCCCACGGAAGGAUGUUGAAAUGGCAGAGAAAGUGGCCAAAUACAAUGAGUCCAAACGUGGGGAGUCUCUCAUCAAAAUGCACACCAAGAACUUAAAGAGGAAAGCGGAGGAGGAGGGCAAGAAGCCAGUAGAGAGGAGGGCCUUUGACCGUGACCAAGACCUGCAGGUCAACCGCUUCGAUGAGGCCCAGAAGAAGAGCCUGCUGAAGAAGUCUGCGGAGCUGAACACGCGGUUCUCGCAUAGUAAAGAUCGUAUGUUUCUGUAGCCAGCACACAUUCAACUGCCACCUGCCAGCAGUGCGAGUCUCUCUUGGGUUCAUGUGUGUGUGUAGAAUAUCAGUUCAGUUGCAUUAGGAGGUUAGUAUAUUGUUCUCAAAGAGAAAAAGCCAUAUAAAACAUUGUAUUUGACUCUGUGUUGCAUAUAAUUUGAUACCAAGGCUGCAGAAUUGUUUUAAUGUGUUGAUAUGUGUCAAUCUUCAAUUCAUGACCAAGACUUUCUGUUGUUGGUGGUCUUCUUUUUUAUAUUUUCUGUAUGCUUCGUUUUUUUUUUAAUUCUUUAUUGUCAAACAUUCAGAUACACUUAUAUUUUCCUGGUCUGUUUUUUUUAUCAAUUCUUAUUUUUGCAAAUCUGCUAAAUAUCCACUCUCAUCCAGAGUAUUUAGAUCUGAAUUUAUUCAUAGUUGUACAAAUUACAAACGUGUGUGUGUGUGCGUGCGCACAUGCAUGCAAUGAUCUUAAUAAUGUCAUUGUAUGUGUUGUCCUCUGUCUACACUAUGUGUUGUGUGGUAAUCGUGUAAUUUACUUUGAACAUCAUUGAAAUAAAUGUGUCAAACACGUUGGUCUUA